AUGGUCAGAAUCGACAUGAGCAAAAGUAAAUCCGCCUCAAGUACUGCUCAAUCAGAUGAGAUGGUCAACAACUCAGCCAAUGAGCCAGUGUCUGGUGAUGAAGAGUCGUCUGAGCAAAGGAAAUCACUGCAAAGCAAAGAAGACCCAGAAAAGGAGGCACGCAACAGCAGUAGCAAGUGUAGAACUUCAUUUUCAGUGGACGACAUUUUAAGUCCUUCAAAGUUUAAUGGUCAAGUGAGCACUUUGACGCCAGAGUACUUUAUGCGCUGGCAACCAUGGCUAAUGCAAGAGGCCCUCCGACAAAACUGUCCUUUCCCCGACUUGGCAUUGUCAUUCUACAAACCAUUUUUCAUUAACCAUAAAGAUGCCAAUGAACAGGUAUUCAAUAUUCAGUCUGAGGUGAACAAGAUCGAACUGGAGGAGACCUCUCGUUCAAGUUCUUCCAUGAGCGACGAUCAUGCCGACCCACAGACGGAGAGAACAGAAUCCCCUAUUGUGCUGACCAGUGACAGCGACAGCUACUGUUUCAAAUCAUACGGCUCAAAUGGAGUUGCUAACUCGGCGUCUAAAAAGAAAAAAUCGACAGUCCCACUUGUAGACAGCAAGGGUGGCAAGCCAAGGAGAGCAAGGACAGCUUUCACUUAUGAGCAGCUUGUGGCACUGGAGAACAAAUUCAAAAGCACUCGUUACCUGUCUGUCUGUGAACGUCUUAACUUGGCGCUCUCUUUACGACUCACCGAAACGCAAGUGAAAAUAUGGUUUCAAGUGAAAAUAUGGUUUCAA